UGAAGCCGCAAGGUGAGUUCCACUACCAUAGGGGAUUGGUAUGUAUAUAUACAUGUCCCAGUGCAUCUGUCUUAUGAGUCAUUCUUUUCCCUUAUCUUCAUCAAACACUAUUGGUCAAAACCUCGUUAAACAAACUACCAAGGAACACUUCACAUCAGCGUCAAAGUUCAACAUGACAAGCCCCUACGACUCACAAUACAAUUACAACGGGUACCAAAACCAGUACCAAUCACAACCUCAAUACCAAUCGUCGUAUCCAUCGUCAGGAUUCUCUGAGCCACAACCCGACUACAAUAACACUAGUGGAUAUAACUCGUAUCAACAAAACUACACAGACUACUCAAACCAACAGCCUUCCAGCCAAUCAUACUACCAAUCCUCUACACCAGCAAUCAAUGUUCAAGGUCCUAGCGACUACACAGCGCAGUCGACCGAGACAGGUGACAGGGGCCUAUUGGGAGCCGUGGCCGGCGGUGCAACUGGGGCCUAUGCUGGUCACAAGGCCGGCCACGGCAUCCUUGGAGCUGUCGGAGGAGCGAUCCUGGGAUCACUCGCGGAAGAUUAUGCCAAGAAAGGAAAGAAGUCCAAGCAUGGCAAGAAGAAGUCGUCCCGAGCAGGCAGCAUGUCCAGUAAUGUCAGUGACAGCUCGACUGCUAGUGGACUCGGAUCCGUGGCUUCCAGUUUCUUCAAUUCCAAGCACUAAACCAGGUUUGAGAUACGAGAACUAGUGGGCCCUGGAGUUUUCCAGGUUCAACAGAGGGUGUUGGCAGAGCAGGCGUUGGGUACGAAGCAAAGCUGAAGUGUGAAUCAAGACAAUUCUCCCCCUUUUUACUUUAGGGUCCCGGUCUUUCAAUUUGGAAAGAGCCUGGACUUGGAGACAUUGUGGAGUUCCACGAUGGUCGGGGUUGACUUGCGGUCGAGUUGAGUUGAGAGUGCCAUUGCUGCACACGAUGACUACUCCAGAGAUUUACGGAUUAUCAGCUGCUGCUUCCGGGACGACAUUGGAUCUUUAUAUUGGAUGAUGUUGUUUCUCUACCACACUUUUUGUACUUGAAGCGUUUCAAGCAUUUGGAAGCAAGGGGCCUCGGCGUUUUGUCAUGUCCGAGAUGAGAAAGGAAUUCACCGCUCAUUAGAGCUGUUCUACUAUUGCUACUACGCUUACAGCAGUUUGUCUAGCAUACUGCCAGUUCACUUUGAUAGUCAAGAUUACUAUUUUGCAUG